CGAGAGUCACAGAAUGACCCUGCAGGAUGGGAUAUCUGGAGUCCAGAUACUUCUGGGAAACUGUUCGCUAGGAGGAAGACCACGGGCUCCUGGCAGCCAGUUGGGCAGCAACCGAGUAAAAUGGACCUCGAGCGACAGACGUUCCGGCCUCCUCUCCUCCAGCCAGAGACCCAGGAGCCGCACUCAGGCCAACUAGUUUUCCUAGCCGGAGCCUCUGCGAGCCCUGCGCCCACGGGAGCCUCUAGAAGCCGCUCCUCCGAGGAGGAGAUGCCUUCCCCAAAGCAGUAAGAACUUCUUGCUCCAGCCCCCCUGCACCCCCACCCCUCCUUCCGAAACUCCCUCGCAGAGGAGGAAGACCCUCCGGGAGGAGGGGCAAGGGAGGUCCUCUGACAGCGCUUUUCAGCCCCUCUCGUCCCGUCCCCUCCCCCAACCCUCCCCACCCCUCCGGGUGCGCAAGCAGGCAUGGAUAUUUUCAGUCCCGAGCAGGGCAACAACACCACCUCGUCCCCGGAGCCCUUCGGGACGGGCGGCAACGGGACGGACAUCUCCGACGUGACCUUCAGCUACCAGGUGGUCACCUCCCUGCUGCUGGGCACCCUGAUCUUCUGCGCGGUGCUGGGGAAUGCGUGCGUGGUGGCUGCCAUCGCCCUGGAGCGGUCCCUCCAGAACGUAGCCAACUAUCUCAUCGGCUCCUUGGCGGUCACCGACCUCAUGGUGUCCGUCCUGGUGCUGCCCAUGGCCGCUCUGUACCAGGUGCUCAACAAGUGGACGCUGGGGCAGGUCACCUGCGACCUGUUCAUCGCCCUGGACGUGCUGUGCUGCACGUCCUCCAUCCUGCACCUGUGCGCCAUCGCCUUGGACAGGUACUGGGCCAUCACCGAUCCCAUCGACUACGUGAACAAGAGGACGCCCAGGCGCGCCGCUGCCCUCAUCUCGCUCACUUGGCUCAUUGGUUUCCUCAUCUCCAUCCCUCCCAUGCUGGGCUGGCGCACCCCGGAAGACCGCUCAGACCCCGACGCCUGCACUAUCAGCAAGGACCACGGCUACACCAUCUACUCCACUUUCGGCGCCUUCUACAUCCCUCUGCUGCUGAUGCUGGUCCUGUACGGGCGUAUCUUCCGAGCCGCGCGCUUCCGUAUCCGUAAGACCGUCAAAAAAGUGGAGAAGAAGGGAUCCGACACUCGCCUGGGCACGUCCUCUUCCUCCUCCUCGUCCUCUGCCGCGCCCCCCAGGAAGAGCCUGAACGGACAGGCGGGUCACGGAGACUGGAGGAGGGGCGCGGAGAACAAGGCUCCCUGCGCCAACGGAGCGGUGAGGCGAGGCGACGACGGCGCCGCCCUGGAGGUGAUCGAGGUGCAUCGAGUGGGCAGCUCCAAGGAGCACCUGCCUCUGCCCAGCGAGCCGGGCGCUGCACCCUACGCCCUCGCCACCUUGGAGAGGAAAAAUGAGCGCAACGCCGAGGCCAAGCGCAAGAUGGCCCUGGCGCGCGAGAGGAAGACCGUGAAGACGCUGGGCAUCAUCAUGGGCACCUUCAUCCUCUGCUGGCUGCCCUUUUUCAUCGUGGCCCUGGUCCUCCCUUUCUGCGAGAGCAGCUGCCACAUGCCCACGCUGCUGGGAGCCAUCAUCAACUGGCUGGGCUACUCCAACUCCCUGCUCAAUCCCGUCAUUUACGCUUACUUCAACAAGGACUUCCAAAACGCGUUUAAGAAGAUCAUCAAAUGCAAGUUCUGCCGCCGGUGAUGCUAAGGACCAGGACGACGACGGUGGCGGUGGAGGAGGAGGGAGGGGGAGAAGGAAGAGUAGCCGCUGAGCAGGGGUUACAGGACACGCCCCAUUCACUCUGAGCCCUCCCAGCCCUCUGGAAGCGACACCUAAGAUAACUCGCCACUGUCCCUGCAACUCUCGGCUUCUCUCUCAUCACCCCCCCCACGGCUUUUCAGACCUCGCCGCCCACCCCCUCCCCGAUAACCCCGAGCGCAGGGGCGGGCGCUCCGUGCAAAAGAGGCCCCAGCCACCUCCCACCCAGGGUCCGUGCGAAGAGACCUUGGCUGCCAUUGGCCUCAGUAUUCAUUUUGAUCACAGCAUUUGCCUCCUCCCCCCUCCACCUCUUCGUGGUGGAAGUGCCACGCAGAAAAUCCAUCCAGAAACUAGGCACAGACACGCCGCCUACUAGAGUCGCCACACCUCUGCCCGGGAUUUGAGAACUUCGAAGUUCAAGACUGUACUUCAGCUCCUCCGCCCCCCUGGCUCCAGAAGCGUCCACUCCUUUUGGGUCUCACCCCAUCCGUUUCUGUCCCUGCGGAUCUCAGUCCCUGCACAUUCAAUGCUUGCCUGGAAAAGCACUAGAAGUUACGUGUAGCCUUGGUGGACCUGGAAUUCUGGCCUUCCCGGGGGCUGUGCUACUUUGGGGACUCAAAAGCAGGGGGCUAGAAAGCAUCUCUCCAAGUAGACCUGUAAGUACCAGGCCUAGCCAGAGGAGGAGAGGGGGAGAGAGUGCAGGUGGUGUGGGUUUCUGCCGUGAUGUCCGCAAUCACCCAAAGAAACUAACACUCCCGACUGUGGGCAAAGCGGGGCUUUUGCUUGUGUGGGGUGCAGGCGGGUCCACAAGUCCCAGGCAUGGCCCUCCGUGUACUGAAGGAGGCGCCCUCUGGCCGCCCAGCGCGCGUGGGGAUGCGCGCUGUCUACAGCGCACCGCUCAGGUCCCGGCGGAUUGACAGUUGGUGGGGGAGGGUCCUGGGUCUCCCAGGGUGAAGCCACCAAGCUUUGGGGGGCGUGGCACAGCUCGGUGUUUGCCUAAGCCGGCUGCGUGAGGUUCCGCGAAGCUCUUGGAACCAGAGAGACCCAGGCAUCGCUUAGGGAGUGGAGAGCGAAGGAUGUGGAGGCGUAAAAGCUCCCCGCCAGCAGCGACUUCAGCGGAUCCACAGUGAAACCUAAAGAGCAGUUUUAUCUAUAGGAUCAGACUUCCUCAAUGGGAACGGAGUUGUUUGUAACACUGGAUUUAUUCUACAGGACAUCCGAGACUCACGUGAAGUUAGCAGAAGUUUGGUUUUCCAAUAGGGACUCUGAGCUUUCCAUGGAAAGACGAAGUUGUCACUAGCUUCUCACGGUACAAUCUCUGACAAAGACCUAAAAUCGUGGGGGCCUGAAAGGACUAGUUAGAAGGUGGCCUCUCUGUGGAGUCUCAGAAUCUUGUAGGGGAUUAUAUUGACAACUCCUCCCCCAUGCCCCAGGCCAGAGUUCUGAGGGGAAAGCAGCUUUGGCUCCUUUGAACUUAUGGGACAUUUCAAGCUUUCUUCUCCCUGUCGUUAUUCUUAUUCGUAAGGUUUUACUACUCCCGCAGAGAAGCCAGUCAUAAUUUCCCUGCCCCAUCCCCAGAAAGGGAGUUAUUUCGCUUGUUCCGUUUGAAUGUAAAUUUCCAACUGAGUUGUCAUGGAGAGCUUGUUUGGGAUGAAUAAUGGCGGUUUCACUUCCAAUAAUGACAGAGUUUUCUACCCUCACUCCCCUCCCCUUAUCUGCACCUGUCCAGGGUUUGCAUCUACUGUUUGAGAAGUCUGUUGCAUUUUUUUUAAGUUGCCAGUGAGAUGUUCAGUUGUGCUUAGACAUAAGAAGGUGUGUCACACGAAGCCAUUGCACUGAUGGUCAAAUUGAACAAAGCAUCUCAGUGCUGUCUUUCUCUAAUCAAAACUGGGUACCGUACCCAUUUGAGAAGAGAAAGUUUAAGAACUUGAUGUGUGUGUAUGCAUAUAUAAGGCCAACAGGGGGAUCCUUGGAGAGGAUACACAGGUGGCUUCUCUAGCAAGUGAUGGCUUGUUUGAAAAUCCAAAUUAUUGUUGUUGUUGUUCACAACCAUUAAGUACAGCGAUAUGAGCGAACAAACUUUUCUGUAUAUUUUAGUAUUUUCAGAGCCAAUUCUUCCUUUAAAAAUAAGUGAAAUCUCCAAUUUGCUCCGCUACAUUAUGCCUUGGACAAGCAAUAUAUUACAUUGGAAGUAGAUUCUUCUAUUUAUUUGUCUUUUCACAGCAUUCUGUGGCUAUGAUGUGGGAGCGUUUGUUCCUGCUAUUUUGAUAGAGAAGAUUUACAUAGAAAAACAGAGAAGAGAUAUACACCUAGAGUAAAAUGGCCACACAGUGGAGGAAACGGAGAAAAACAAUGUAAAAAGCUGCACAGCUCCAAGGGCCCCCUGAUGCUAUUUUUCUCUUAAAAAUACCUGCAAUAAGGUAAUGUAUCAUGCAUCGGAACUGGCCUUCACAAUUCCCUGUAACAAUAAAGGACUUUAAUUAUGACAAUGCUAUAAUAAACUAAUACCAGUGCCACAAG